AUGUCUUAUGUUUACUAUCUUAAACGACUUUUUCAUCUUACACCAAAAUAUGAUCAAUCGUUAAUUAUUCGCAAUGUAGCUUAUUUUUCUGGUUCUGAUGCACAUACCAAUAAUAAAUUGGAUAUUUUUCUUCCUUGUCCUAACACAAAUUUAUCAAUAAGAACAGCAGAUGAGCAACAAGCAACAAGUAAAAAGCAAAUUCCUAUUAUUGUUCAUAUUCAUGGUGGUGGUUGGGUUCGUGGUAAUCGUACAGAUGAGUGGCGUGGUGGUCCAAUUGUAGGUCGAACAUGUGCUCAUGAAGGUUUCGUUGGUAUAGUUGCCUCCUAUCGUUUAGCACGUAUAUCUCUUAUAUCAUUUAUUGCUUGGUCAUUUGUUUUUGGUCUUGUUGUGAUUAUUAUUGGACUUAGUUUACUUUCAUGGCAAUUUAUAACUGGUUAUGUAGCAUUUAUGACUUUUGCUUACGCUUAUAAUUUUCUGUAUAGAGUGCGCAUACCAGUCAAUGUUGAACAUGUAAGUGAACUUGUUAUCAACGCCAAGAAAAAGAGGCAGAUGAUGGAUGAUUUGUGUCGCGUACUUGUAUAUAUUCGUGAUCAUAUAAAUGACUACUGUCCAGAUGCUGAUCCAAAUCAAAUAUUUCUUUCUGGUCAUUCAGCUGGUGCACAUCUGGUUAGUUUACUUGUUCUUGAUAAAUCUCAUUUACGACGUUAUGAAUUUCCUUUGUCAAUAAUACGUGGUGUUAUAUCUAUGAGUGGCAUAUAUAGUCUAGCAAAUCCAGUACAUGAUUCAAAAAAUAAUAUACGUAAUUUAAUAUUUCUCAUAUUUUAUUCCAAUAAUUUACUUUAUCCUGAAGGAAAACAAAUGACUGAAUAUUCACCAAUUGAAUAUAUAAAACAAGAUGAAGAAAUACCACCAUUUUUAGUUAUGUCUGCACGAUUUGAUAUGGGUUUAGAAAUUGAUGCAAAACGUUUUGUAGAAAAACUUCAAAAUUAUCAACAUUCUGUUGAUUAUGUUACUGUUAAUAGUACACAUGGAACAAUUGCAACUAAAUUUGCAAAAAAUGAUGCACAUAAACAUUUUUUUACAUUCAUUCGUCAGCAUAUGAAUUAUUAA